CGUCAGAUUCGACUGUAAGUUAUAUCUUCUUCUUCUUCUUGUUCUACAUGUUCCUCCCAGAGAGAUCUCAGUUGCUGAAACUGUCCGAAUGAUCUUUGAUUGAACUACUUUUUUGUCUAGAUUAGGGGAUUCAUGAGUUGAAGGAAUCUUAGAGAAGAGUAUGUUUGAUUGUGGCACAAAUGGAGUCAAAUCUCAAGUAAUCAGUGGCCAUCGUGAGAAGUUUAUCAGGUUAGAGAGUAUGGACUCAAGGUACUCUCAGAGCUCCGAUAAUACAGGCCUAAACAAAUGCACAUUAAACAUACAAGCGCCCAAACGUUUCGCUCAAGGAAGCAAAACAUCGUCCGGAUCUUUCAAGAACGGCUUCAGAAAAGGCUCCGAGGGUCUUUGGUCCAUUGGAAGAUCCAUAGGACUCGGCGUUUCGCGCGCAGUCUUUCCAGAGGAUCUCAAGGUAUCAGAGAAGAAGAUAUUCGAUCCUCAAGACAAGUUUCUCUUGCUCUGCAACAAGCUCUUCGUUGCUUCCUGCAUCCUCGCGGUUUCAGUGGACCCGCUCUUCUUGUACCUUCCGUUUAUAAACGAUAAAGCGAAGUGCAUCGGUAUAGACAGGAAGCUGGCGAUCGUAGCGACGACGCUGAGGACGGUUAUAGAUUCUUUUUACCUCUUUCACAUGGCUUUGAGGUUUAGAACGGCGUACGUUGCUCCUUCUUCGCGGGUUUUUGGGAGAGGGGAGCUUGUGAUUGAUCCUAAACAGAUAGCUAAGCGGUAUCUGCAGCAGUACUUCAUCAUUGAUUUGCUUUCUGUUCUUCCUCUUCCGCAGAUUACAGUUUGGAGAUUCUUAUACACUUCUAAGGGUGCUAAUGUUCUGGCGACGAAGCAGGCACUUCGGUAUAUAGUGUUAGUUCAAUACAUUCCGCGUUUUCUUAGGAUGUAUCCUUUAAGUUCAGAGCUGAAGAGAACAGCAGGAGUGUUCGCUGAAACUGCUUGGGCUGGUGCUGCUUACUACUUGCUACUCUACAUGCUUGCAAGUCAUAUUGUUGGGGCUUUGUGGUACUUGCUUGCCUUAGAACGCAACAACGACUGCUGGAGUAAGGCUUGCGUCAAGAAAGACAACUGCACCAGAAACUUUUUGUUUUGCGGUAACCAAAACAUGGAAGGUUAUGCUGCUUGGUACACUGCGAAAAGUUCGGUUCUUCAGGAAAAGUGCCCUGUCAAUGUCACUGAAGGGGAAGAGCCUCCUUUUGAUUUUGGAAUCUACUCGAGAGCUCUCUCCUCUGGCAUUGUCUCGUCUAAGAAGUUUGUCUCAAAGUACUUCUUCUGUUUGUGGUGGGGAUUACAGAAUCUUAGUACACUUGGUCAAGGGCUUGAGACUAGCACUUACCCUGGAGAGGUUAUAUUCUCCAUAGCACUUGCUAUUGCUGGACUCCUACUCUUUGCCCUUCUCAUUGGUAACAUGCAGACUUAUCUUCAAUCGCUUACUAUCCGGUUAGAAGAAAUGCGAGUCAAAAGACGCGAUUCAGAACAGUGGAUGCAUCACCGAAUGCUUCCACCAGAACUGCGAGAACGUGUCAGAAGAUAUGACCAGUACAAGUGGUUAGAGACGCGUGGAGUUGAUGAAGAGAACAUUGUCUCCAACCUCCCAAAGGAUCUAAGAAGAGACAUCAAACGUCAUCUCUGUCUAGCCUUAGUCCGAAGAGUUCCAUUGUUUGAAAACAUGGAUGAGAGGCUGCUAGAUGCAAUCUGCAUGAGGCUCAAGCCGUGUCUAUACACUGAGAAGUCUUUCUUGGUGCGUGAGGGAGAUCCUGUGAACGAGAUGCUCUUCAUAAUCCGUGGUCGGCUCGAGAGUGUCACCACUGACGGUGGGAGAAGCGGAUUCUACAACCGUAGUUUACUUAAAGAAGGAGACUUCUGCGGGGACGAGCUUUUGACAUGGGCGCUUGAUCCCAAAUCAGGCUCUAACUUACCGUCCUCGACGAGAACCGUCAAGGCCUUGACAGAAGUAGAAGCCUUCGCUUUGAUAGCUGAUGAGCUUAAGUUUGUGGCCAGCCAGUUCAGGAGGUUACAUAGCAGACAAGUGCAGCACACUUUUAGAUUCUAUUCACAGCAGUGGAGGACUUGGGCCGCUUGCUUUAUCCAAGCUGCGUGGAGACGGUACACAAAGAGGAAGAAACUUGAACAACUUAGAAAAGAAGAGGAAGAAGAGGAGGAGACUGCUGCGAGGCUUAUUGCAGGAGGUAGUCCUUAUAGCAUCAGAGCGACGUUCUUGGCUUCGAAGUUUGCUGCCAAUGCGCUUCGUAGUGUUCACAAGAACCGGAUUAGGAAGUCUAAUUUGGCACCACCAUCAACUAAAGAGCUGGUGAAGUUUCAGAAACCUCCAGAACCAGAUUUCUCUGCUGAUUGCUGAAGAAGAUCUUUGGCUUUAUAUUGAUACUAUUCUUCUUCUUUUUUUACUUGUACACAGUGUCUAAGUUAA